AUGGCGUGCGCCUCCCUGCUUACGGAUGACAAUAUACUGCGCUUCAGGACGAAAGCGUGCCUCCGUCUCUCUCAGGGCUCAUGCAGCUUUGGGGACGACCGCUGCCAGUACUCGCACAGCCAAGUCUGGACACGUAGGUCGCCCUACUAUGCCUCUCCUGGCCAGCGUCAGGAGCGCUCAGAGGUUAGCCAAAGAGAACCGUUGCUGCGCUACCUGCCGGUGCCGUGCGAGAACUUACAAAUAGAAAACGGGAAGGUAGUGAAGGUCAAGUGUCCCAGAGGUGUCAACUGCCCCUUCUCCCACUCACCGGAGGAAAUUGUCUACCAUCCCCUCGUAUAUAAGACAGAGCCAUGUAAGGCAUUUGCCCAGCGCUCGUGCCGAGUCUACUACUGCUGGAAGAGUCACGGCGAAAAGGAGCGGAGGCAGUCCGCGCGGCAUUUCUCCCUCGGAGUUGUGAAGGGGCUAAACGUGCCGGUGAACUACCCUGGAGUAAGUCUAGUCGAACUAUUGCCCAACAAGAACGGAAGACGGCGAAGGCCGCGGUUGCCACCCGCAAGUCCUCCUGCAGUUUUGGAGAGCAGCGGAGGUUCAGUUGCUUCUCUCGGCAACAGCGCUCAUCAUGAGAACGUAGGCCUACUACUCCACGGUGUUGUGAGGCACCUUGCUGAGUGCGCUCCAGCAGAUGCGGCGUGGACUUCAGAUUGCAUGCCUAAAGCUGCUACGCUGCCUCCUCUGCAUUUUACCGAUGAUGCCAUGGGCGCCUGGCCCCCUCUUAGCAGCUUGCUGAAUCUUAUCGAGGGGAAGGUGGACCCUGAAGAUGUCCGUCCCCCUCGAGGGUGUCCUGCACAGCCUCAGGGGAAGGAUGCUAGAAAUAACCUGAAAAGUGCGGCUAAGCAUGCUGCGAAGAAGGAAGGGCAGAACUUUCUUUUGCGCCAAGGAAUACCAAUUGAGGAGACUGUAGAAGAGCUCCCGCUGAGAAGGCAGACGUUGCUGGCGGGCAAUGUAGACCCCAUAGGUAGCCCUUCUUUUGGAAGUCUGAAAGAUCAGAUUGACGCGAACAGCGUAGAAAGUUGGGGUUUACCUUCCUUAGGAGAGAAGCCGACAGAUCCGAUUGGAACAUUCCCAACUCGGCCAAGUCUCCUACCUCUUCAGUAUGCGAAUCCAUCGGGUUCAUCUUCGCCGCAAGCCAAUCUGUUUACAGGCUGCGAAGAGUUUGUCCCAGGGGACAGUACGCAGCUGGGAGAGACUUUCGGUGACUGCAAGGCCGGUCCAAUGCAUGUGUGGCGCUCGAGCAAUAACUUUUGGCUAGAGGGCGGCGUGCGCUUGCCUACUGAUGAUUCAGAUGGGUUGGAGUGCUCCAGAGCUUCGUGGAGCACGCCUGGAAGCGCCCACAGGAGCGUCUCAGCAAAUAUGACUAUCGAAGACCUGAAGGCAGGAGCAGCUGAACAAGAAGGCAAUAUGUACAGCCGCGGCAACGGCGGGGACGCGAGCUUGUCAUCUACAUGUUUUUCUUUGGACUUCACAGCAACAGGGAGCAACUGGUCGUGCACGAAACAAGAUCUGGAGUCCGUCGCGCCUCGCCGCAAGGGGAGUGAGGAUUCGCCGCUACCCCACUUCAAAAGGGAUGAAGACUCGCUUUGUCAGUGGCCCGCGGCCGGAUGGACUGAGGAGAGCUGGUGCAAAGUCGACGAAAUUCUUAAAGCAGGUGAAGAGGACGCAGUGUAUCUGAAGGGCUUGCAGGAUCUGACAAGUGGGAAUGAUUUGCUGCAAGACGUCGAAGACAACAAGCGGCUGAUGUCGUGUUUCGUUUCCCUGUUAAAACUUAUACAGGAAAAUGAAUCGCCUGAGGCGGGGACUCGAAAGAGCUUUAAGGGCAAUGAUUGCGAGUCACCCACAGCGGAGUUCGGUGUGUUUGAGGCAUCCCAACCGCCCGAUGAAACAGCAGAGUCGAACUACCCCCACAUGAUGGCUCUUUGGAAAAUGGCGAGGCUGGCUGCAUGA